AUGGCACGAUUUCUCGGUCUUCGGGGCACUCGCCUCAAUGUCGCAGCUAUCAUUGGGGUGUUGAUGCCGGGUAUCAUGUCGGUUGGCUACAAUACCGCAUCGCUUGGAGGAGUUUUGUCUUUGGCCAGCUUCAACAAAACAUUUCCCGAGAUCGACGUGGUUCAUGCCAAAAACAAAGACUAUGCAUCGUCUUUGGAAGGUACCGUUGUGGCUGCCUUCGCCAUUGGUUCCUUCUUGGGAACAUUUGCCUGCAUUUGGAUGGGCGAUUGGCUGGGCCGUCGCCGUACCAUGAUGGUCGGGGCAACGACUCAAAUCAUUGGGUAUGCUCUGAACGCCUCUUCAUACUCAUUGGUACAACUCAUCGUGUCGCGAAUGCUUGUGGGCAUGGGGACUGGUAUCCUAUUGGCCACAAUUCCUUUAUGGAUCUCUGAGACUGCCCCAGCCAAGCGGCGUGGCUCCCAUGUUGUCACAAAGGGUAUAUUUACUGGCGUGGGAUGCGCAACUGCUUUGUUUUUCGACUAUGGAAUGUCUUUCAAGACAAAAAACAGCAUUGCGUGGCGGAUCCCAUUUGCAUUCCCCGUUGUUUUGUCUGGGGCUGUUUUGAUAUUUGCACUGCUUCUACCCGAAUCGCCUCGCUGGCUGAUUCAGAAAAGCAGGAUUGCAGAGGCCAGAUAUAUCCUAGCCGCUCUGGCUGAUGUCGAUGCUGAAGAUGAGAAAAUUGAAGGCACGAUCAGCGAAGUGCAGGCUUCUUUGAGUUUGGCAGGCGGAAACACAGAUUUCAAACAGCUUUUCCAUAUGGGACCCCAGAGAGUCUUCCACCGAGCAUUUCUCGCUGUCGGUGGAUUGCUCUUUCUCCAAAUGACUGGAGCCACAGUCACUACCUAUUACACAACUGCAAUUUUCGAAAACAACCUCGACCUUCAAGAGUCAACAGCAAGACUUCUGGCAGCUGUGUACCAGCUAGCUGGACCCUGCGGCGCUGUCCUUUGUGUCUCUGUUAUUGAGAGAGUUGGAAGACGUGGGCUGAUGAUAGGUAGCGCCAUUGGAAACGCCAUAUGCCUAGCCUGCAUCGCCGUCCUCGGAUCCCAAGUGGACAACAUCAAGGCCGCACAUGCUGCCGUCUUUUUCCUUUUCCUCUUCCAUUUCAGCUACAUCGUCGGCUUUGGUGGUAUCCCAUACCUAUAUGCCACGGAGGUUGCGCCCCUCCAUCUACGCGCUACCAUCAACUCCGUUAGCAUCAGUGUGGCGGGCGCCUUCAGCAUCUUGAUUGCCCACGUCACACCUCUCGCCUUCAACAAAAUGGGGCAAAAGUACUUUCUCAUCUUUUCCGGGCUAAAUGCCGUCAUGGUCCCAAUGAUCUAUUUCUUGUUUCCGGAGACAUCAGGGCGGACUCUUGAAGAGAUAGAUGACAUCUUCACGCUAUCUGAUGGUGUCCUGGAUACUGUUCGUGUGUCGAAGACGCUUCCGUGUCUCGCGGGUGUUGAGGAUAUUGAAUCACCCAUUGAGUCCAAGCCAAAGUUCCAGACGAUUUUGAAAGAGAAGGAGAUCUCGGUUUAG